AUGGAGAAGGAUGAGGCUACCAAUACCCCGAAAACAUCAGGGAGUACUCCAAAGUCUUUAGAGACACCGAAGGCAGCAGCACCGGAGUCACCUGCAAAGAAUAGCAAUGAUCAAAAGGAAGACUCCGACAAUGUUAAUGCUGAUCUGGUUGAGAAAGAUAAGGACACUGCCGAUGGUGAUGACAGUUGUCCACUUGAGCCGGUUGAGAUACCGGAUCCCCACCCCACCCUCGAGAAGCUUUAUGAAGACAUUGAGCGAUGCAUCUCUUCACUGCCUAGACCAACGGAGAAAGAUGCAACGGAUGGAAGCCAACAAGAGGCCAAUAUGGAUAAUGCAAGUAAUGAGGCCAAAGAUACAGAAAGUGAAGACGUAAAAGAUGACAAGGUUGAGAAGGAAGAGGAGAAGGGUGAAACAGAUGCAAAGGAGGAGGAGGAAGAGAAAAGGGAUGUGAAAGAUGAGAAUAAGGAGGAGGAUGAGAAAGAAUUAGGUGACAAAAAUGUAAAGGAUGAGAAAGAGGCUGAAAAAGUUGACGACGGCAUUGUUGAAAAAGAGAAGGAUCCGGUUCCAGAAGAGCUCCUUUUGCUUAUUAACAAGUUCCUGACUUGGAUAGAUGAUAUCUGUUGCGAAGGCAGAUCCAGGUGGGGAAAGGUGCCGGAUGAUGACGAUUCGUUUUUAGACGCUGUGGAUCAGAUGGCCAAGAUGAGGGAGUCUCUCUUAUCUCUUUGUUCGAUGGGACUCAAAUUCGAAGAAAGGCACGGUGGUUUGAUCAACCACCUUAGCGGCAUUCAGCACCGAGCCAUGGCUUAUCUGGAAGAGGAAUUCAGAGUCCUUCUAGAAGAAUAUAAAACCGAGCCUGAUCAUUGCACUCUAGGAGGAGCUGAUCACAAUCAAAACAGUAACAAAGAUAACGCCGCUGGUAAUAAAGGAAAGAGCGAUCAAGACCCAUCGCCGGAAUCCGAGUCGACGGAAAAUUUGAGUGGCGUGGUUGAAUUCCCUGGCUAUUCUCCGGAGGCAGUGUCCAAUCUGAACAAAAUAGCCAAGAAAAUGAUCUCAACUGGCUAUGAAUACGAGUGCUGCGAGGUGUACAUCAUUUCGAGAAGGCAUGCAUUCGACGACAACCUCCACAAGAUUGGCUUACAAAAGCACAGCAUCGACGACAUACAGAGGAUGCAAUGGGAGGCUCUGGAGAGAGAGAUCGGGUCGUGGGUCAAGGCAUUAAAGCAAUGCACCGCAUUCUACUUUUCCGGCGAGCGAAAGCUGGCCGAGUCGGUGUUCUCCGAGCACCCAUUGGUUUCGUCGUACCUUUUCAGCAAUUUAAGCAGAGGAGUGAUGAUACAGCUCUUAAAUUUUGCCGAAGGAAUCGGAAUGGCGAAAAGAGCGGCGGAAAAACUAUUCAAGACGCUCGACAUGUACGAGGCCGUGAAGGAAGUGAUCCCUAAAAUGGAGGAGCUUUUUCCGGAGGCGUGCGUCAAGGAUGUCAAGACGGAGACCACGACGGUUCUGGCCCGGCUGGGAGAGGCAGCCAUUUGUAUAUUCUGUGAUUUGGAGAAUUCUAUUAAAGCUGAAACCGGUCGGAACCCAGUUCCCGGCGGCGCGGUCCACCCGUUGACCCGGUACACGAUGAACUACCUGCGAUAUGCUUGUGAGUAUAAAGAUACGCUGGAGCUGGUGUUCAAGGAGCACGCCAAGAUCGAGAGGACUGACUCGACGAGCAGGCCUGGGAGUCGCGACGACUACGACGCGGCCGAGACGUCGUUGGUGAUAAGCAACGACGAGUCGCCGUUCUCGGUGCAGCUCGCGCGGGUGAUGGCUCUGUUGGACUCGAACCUGGAGGCCAAGUCGAAGCUGUACAAGGACGUGGCAUUGAGCUCGAUUUUCAUGAUGAACAAUGGUCGCUACAUCUUGCAGAAGAUCAGGGGCUCUCCCGAGAUCAACGCAUGCAUGGGCGACACGUGGUGCCGGAAGAGGUCGUCGGAGCUGAGGCAGUACCACAAGAACUACCAGAGAGAGACGUGGAGUCGGCUGUUGAGUUUUUUAAGUCACGAGGGGCUGAGCAACCACGGCAAAGUGCAGAAGCCUGUGCUUAAGGAGAGGUUCAAGAGCUUCAACGCCAUGUUUGAUGAGAUUCACAGGAUGCAGAGCACGUGGGUCGUCAGUGACGAGCAGCUCCAGUCGGAGCUUAGGGUUUCAAUAUCGGCGGUGGUCAUUCCGGCUUAUCGGUCCUUCUUGGGGAGAUUUGCGCAGGUGUUGGACCCGGGAAGGCAAACAGAGAAGUACAUUAAGUUUCAGCCUGAAGAUAUAGAGACGUACAUUGAUGAGCUAUUCGAUGGCAACCCCAAUUCCUCCAUAUUUAAUAGGAAAAGACCUUGA